AAACCUCCAAAGAAGGAGACUCCACCACCCUCUGAGGCAGCACAUUCCACUGUCGAACAGCCCUUACCGUCAGGAAGUUCUUCCUAAUGUUUAGGUGGAAUCUUUUCACUUGCAACAACGUUUAGCAGUCCUGCUUAAACAAGCUCACAUUCCUGUCUCAUAGGCUCCUUACACCCUGCAGGAUUAUCCAUACUCAGAUAUUCUCAAACAAAUCCACAAAAGAUACAGGUAUGCUUUAAUACAUUUUAGCUACUUUUAAUCACAAUGAAUACUAAAAAAAACAAUCAUUACAAGUUCCAAAGAUGUCUAAUUAUCUGUUGGCUACUAAUCUAUAAACCACUUCUUUGAACUAUGCUUUUCCUUCUGUCCUUGACUGGGCUGUUCUCACUGUUUUCCAGAUACUCUGGGCUGAACAUGCCUGUGAUUACUCCUUUGGAUCUACCAAUAUAACCCCUGGUUAUCUCUGAUUUACUUCAAGGCUGUAAUAGUAUGCAGCCCUUUUUUCCCCCCCUCUGAGUAUUUACUGAAACUAAUUGUGCGCUGUUUCUGACCUACAGAGAUACCCUCUAUUAUGGUGUCUGCCAGGAUCGGCAAGUGUUCCCCAAUAGUUUUUGCUAGCUCUGUGAGAGGCUCCCUAGUAGAUUGGAAUGUAAUUUCUGGGGUAGUAGGUGUGCUAAGAACAUGACAUUACCACAAAAUGGCUGCCACUGACUGCUGGUGCUAGUCACAAAAUGUUGGAAGGUUGCAAGCCAAGCAAACUCUUAUGAUGGAAGUACCCAAUUCUAAAUAUCCUCUGAUGACACAAACGUGAUACCUCUUGAGCUCUUUUUAAGUACCUUCUGUUCCAAAGAAGUAAAAGGAAACCAGGAUCUGUUCUUGGCUUUGUGAAAGAAACAGAUAAACAGCAGGAUACCCACCAAUGAGCACCACGUUGGGAAUCACUGUGAUGGGUCUUUGGCAGAAGUGAAACCCAAGGCCGCAGCAACCUCCCAUGCACAGACUCACACUGUGCAGCCUCGUCCUGCAAACCGACAAGCAACUCCACACCCUUUCUCCUUGGCAACGGAACUGUUCUCUGCCCUUAGGAAGUUGCUCCAUCGGCUCUACUCAGUUGCACUUUCUUCCACGAAAAUCCUUUGUUUCGUUCUUGUCUAACUUCAGCAGAAAACACAGCGUCUGCAGCUCCCUUUCACCACUUGGGUUAAAGCUACCUGAAAGUGUGGCCCUGGGGGCAGCCGCGCUCUUCUGCUGAGUCAGUGUGAGCAGUUGGCUCUAGUCAGGCUGAGUCACAGGGAGGCCCUGUUUACCCUGGGUGGGGCACAGGAGAGGGCUGUUCUCCAAGUGGAUCUCCUUUCAAAGCUCUUGUAUAUAUUUUGUGACCUUGGUUUUCACACUAGUUCAAAACCGUCAGAAGCUGUCACCUUCACACAAGUUGAACACUGUGGUAUCCCCCUUUUCCACUCCCCUCUGUGAGGGAUCCAGUGUGUUUCUCAGAGCAAGCUAGUGUACACGUGUGUGCAAAGAAGAGGCAUGUUAGGAUAGCGUGCAACAUAUGCUAUGCGCUUGGAAGAUAAGAAAACAAACAAGAUAGAAGACUGUUGGCUUGAUGAUAAUGCAAACCUUGGAAGAUUUACAUGGCAUUCUUGGAGACUAGGAUUAGGAGUAAUGGAUUCAAAGUACAUGAGAAGAGAUUCCACCAAAAUAUUAGGAAGAACUUCCUGACGGCAAGGGUUCUGAGGAAGGUUUCAGCCAGGUGUCCUGCUGUGAUCGUGGCAUUUGUAUCCAAAUAGCUACUCCCUGCAAAGAUGAUACCUGAUAGACUCUUCAGAAGCAUCAAAAUCAGGACUGCGUGUUGGCUUUGAAGGAAAAGCAAAUGGCUACCAGGAAACACAUAAGCAGGCAGCCAGACAAGCUGGUUGUGAUCUGGACCCGAAGAAACCGACGAAUUUGCUCCAAGGCACACAGCUGGCAACCGGGGAUCAAGAACCCCUAUCGUGGCACAGUGGUAUGGAUGGUACCUGAAAAUGUGGACAUCAUGGUGACACUCUAUCGGGAUCCCCAUGUAGAGGAAUAUGAAGACAAGGACUGGACCUUUGUGAUUGAAAACGAGUCGAAAGGGCAGCGGAAGGUGCUGGCGUCGGUGGAUGUCAACCUCAAACGCUUCGCCAGCCAAACCCCUACCCAGGUCGACCUCAAUCUGAAGCUGAAGCCGCGGUCGGUGAAGGUGGUGGCAGCCACACUGCAGCUCACGCUUUGUUGCGCGUUCCUGUACGAGGGAAAAGCCACAGAUGAGGACAUGCAAAGUUUAGCCAGUCUGAUGAGUGUCAAACCCGCUGACAUCGGCAACCUGGAUGACUUCGCUGACAGUGAAGAAGAAUCAGAGGAAGCCCCGAAGCACAGCCGACAGGUGGAAUCAGAGGAAGCCCCAAAGCACAGCCGACAUGCGGACAGUGCAGGCCAUGGGGUGCCUUCUAAAGGAUUCCUCCAAAAUGUGCUGACGGACUAUUUCCCAGACACUUCACGGGAUUUGAACACCCUGGCAGAGGAAGAGGAGGACACCUCGGUCCAGGCCACAAGUCAAGCAGCUUCAGCAACUUUGGCCUCUUCCAGGGCCCUUAUGAAGGAAGCCAUCAGCGAAGUACCCAAGAAAGCAGCAGAUGCUCUUGCUGGCAGCACCUCCCACCCGGACCCCCCUCGCUCCACGACUGAGUCAGCCUCCACGGCGGUACCCCUACCUGUAAGUGGUGCAGAGUAUGCUGGGAAUUUGGGAUACGGAAGGGCUAGUGGUGUAUGCCCAAGAGGAGCAACUGGCAGCCAGAGGGGGCCAGGCACCCAGAACCAAGGGACGGUCACUGCUGCAGAGCUGGCACAAGCACAGGCUGAAGAGGAGAAGGAAGAGAAGGGGUCUGAACGGUCACCUGAACGUCCAGCGUUGCUGAGCACCACUGAAGUUAGGCCAACUGAUGUUUGGAGACCCCGGGAGCAGAGCCCGAUAUCUGCCCCACCAAGGAAGAAGAGUCCUGCCCGACCCAUGGAUGUGUCCACAUUGCAUUCGGCGGCACCUGAGGCGCCCCCUGUGAGGAAACGCCGCCUAGAGAAGAUGUUGGCACCUCCAGGGAAUCCCCAGAUGGUCCCACCCACAGAAAACCGCUCCGCAGUAUCUGCUGCAGAUGGGAGCCCAGUGUUGGAGCAGCCGCCCUGCGGGAGCCCUGUGGAAGUGCCCUUCUCUCCACCCCAGCCCCACAGUUCUGUGGUCAUGUAUUUUGUGGAGGAGCCAAGCCUGGCUGGACAGAGGCCUGUGAUUGUCACUGGCAAAGCAGGAUCAGCAGGGCCUUCAGACGCAGCGUUCCUGGCCGUGUCUCCUGUCGUGGGACUACUUCCCGUGGCACGAGAUUUUAGAGAGUCUUCCAGCCAUGAGGUCCAGAGUUCAGCGGAAGAGUGGUUAAUGGCAGAAGCUGCGGUAGCAUCAACAAGUUCUAGUGUUCCGGUGGAAAUGAUGGAAACGAAGGGCGGGGGAGAAGGUGUUGAGGUAGUGCAGCCGCUGGGGCUGACAGAGGUGUCCCCAGUUGAGCCAGCAGGGUGUAGGAUGGAGGAGGAGCAACCUGUAGUCAAAGAGGAGCUUUCUGACAGUGAGAGAGAGCCUGUGACGGGAGAACCAUCCCUCCAGUGGCUUCCAGCUGAAGCAGAGAGCGGCCAGAUUGAGGCAGAAGUCAGCCUGGAGGACAGGGAGGCUGCUUCUGGGGAGGAAGCUGAUUCAGUCCCUCCUUCGGAAGCCUCUCCUCAGAUGGAGAAGUGUCAGGGAGGGGGAAGUUUAGAAGCUGAGAGUUGCCAAGUCCCUGAGAUGUCCCAAAACCCAGCCCUGCCGAGUGGUUUUUCCUCAGAAGCUCUGGUGGAGGCGGAAGAGCAGGAGGUACAACUGGAGGUCAAGAAGGACUUUGCGAGCGACAAACUCCGGAUCUCAGCAGAUUCGCCGCCUCCUGCAGAGAGAUGUUGGAAAGAGGCUGCAGAAAUGGACUGGGCGGAGGCUCCACUGCCUCCCCCGGCUGUCCUACCUCACCUGGAGGCGUGCAGGGGAAAGGAAGAGGAAACACCAGCAGCUGAAUAUAGUCUCCGGAGCCUGUUUGAAGCCCUGAAGGCUCCUGCCAAAGGGGAGAAAGGAGAGUUGGGUGGUGAGAGCCACGGGGUCCAGGACGUGACUUCUAGUGAUGCCGCACAGCAGGCGGCGGAAGAGGAACUUUCAACAGUGGAAUGUGUUGCACCAGAGAAGGAAGAGGAGCAGAGCAAAGGGAAAGAUGGCGGACGGAACUUUCCAGAAGAUACUGUGGAGGACACACUGGCGAAGGCACCCAGACCAGGCCAAGAAGCUUUGUUUAUUGAGUUCUCAGGGAGCAGCACCCCCAACCAGAAAGAGGCCGAGACUGGUCAUGAGGGAGCAAUAAGCCACGGAGAAAAGAGAGCCGGUGCUGAAGGGUCUUGUGCAGAACAGAUUUUGCCACCCAGGAACAGUGAGGGAGCGGAGGCCUCGGCCCUGGCUUCCCCCAACCCAGGCCCCCUACCACCUCAGGAUACUACCUUGCCCCUCUCAGCUCCCUGGGCCCACGAGGAGAAGCAUGCCAAACCCAGCCAUGAACCUGUAGUGCCCACCCCUGUGCCCUGUGGCCAAACACUGGAGUUCAGAGGUCAAGGGGAGGCCCAGGUUGACUCCCCAUGCAGUCCAACACUGGUCAGUAGCAGCCAGUCUUUGCUGGAAUGGUGUCAGGAGAUGACAGCUGGCUACAGGGGCGUGCGUGUCACCAACUUCACCACAUCUUGGCGCAACGGCCUGGCUUUCUGUGCUAUUCUGCAUCACUUCCACCCUGAGAAGAUCCAGUACGAAGCACUGGACCCAUUGGAUAUCAGACAUAACAACAAACUGGCCUUUGAUGGCUUUGCCUCCUUGGGGAUCUCCCGGGUGAUGGACCCUGCCGACAUGGUUUUCCUGACAGUGCCGGAUCGGCUGAUUGUUAUGACCUACCUGUGCCAAAUCCGGGCUUUUUUCACUGGGCAAGAACUGAACGUGGUACAGCUUGCUGACCAUAGCAGCCAGACCACCUACAAGGUGGGUAAAUUUGACACGGACUCCUCCGGCUCCAUUGAUCCGGCCAUGUUUUAUUCUCAGCCUCUUCAGGCUGCUGCCUCUCAGCCAGAGGCUCCCAGGAGUCCAGAUGUCCAGGAUUCUGGGAUGGCUACGGCGUCUGGCACCAUGACAGGGAAAGAUGACAAACCAGCGGGGGAGAGCACUGCCCAAAAGCAUGCCACGAGUGUCGAAAGCACAGAUGUUUCAGAGGACUUUGGGAAUGGAGCCAUAAUGGAGAACUUGAAGGCAGAAGCCAGCCAUGCAGAACUUCUGCCAAUUGCCCAGCUGGAGCAGGCAUCUGAGCUUGUGAAUGCUGCAAAGAAUGACGGGAAGGCAGUUGUCAAUGGCAUCACUGCUGCCAAAUCAGUUGAAGAGCUGAAAUUGGAACUCCUGGAGUGUGAAUCAGAGAGCGCCAAGGCUGAUGGACAGGCUGAAACUAUCCCAAGCUCACAGCCUUUCCCCAAGGAAUCUGUGGCAGAGGCCUCAAGGCAUGAUGAAAAGGCGUUUACAAAUGGUGGAGUGGCUGAUCCAGGCAAGGAAUGUGAGGCGCAUUCUCUGGCCCAGGCAGAUUUAGAGGCUGAAUCCUCCAAGCUUGAUUUGGACCCGGUGCCCAAUGGUGCCAUGAUCCAUCAGAGUACCAAACAAGAGGAAGAGCUCUCCGCCCCAAGGGAUUCUGGGCCUGAAGCCUCAAUGCCUGAUGGGAAGGAGCUAGCUAGCAUUGCCAGGCCCAUCCAAGACUCGGAACCCGGGGCUCCAAGGGACUAUGGGACGGAAGCUGAGAAGUCUGAUGGGAAACCAUUGGCCAACAACAGUGAGAAAGUGGUGCCCCCUCCCCGGCUGAAGCGAAUUGCUUCCCGGAGUGGUGCUGAGCGCCCCUUGCAGCGCACCCUGUCCACAGGGAGCCAGCAGGGUCCAGUAGCCCCACCGCGACCCCAUGCGGGCAAGUCCACCUUUGCUCACGUACGUGACGCAGACCUGGUGAAGAAGCGGCGUUCGCGGCUCAAGAGCGAGUCCUCCCUGUCCAUGGAGGAAACGGAUGCAGGCGGCCCUUCAGAGGACUCCACCAAAAAGCUGGCUGCAGAUGAAGGCUCUGACGAGAGUUCAAGACUCAGGCACGGCACAGCAAAGGUGCAGCAACCUCCAGCUCCUUCCAGCACUACCUCCCAGAACACGAUCCAGGACUCUGGUCUCAAGAACAGCACCAACGAAGAGGAGGUUCCGAAGUUCCAGGACACCAGCCAGUAUGUGGUAGCUGAACUUCGGGCCUUGGAGACGGAGCAGAGGCAAAUUGAUGGACGGGCGGCCAUCGUGGAGAAAGAACUACGAGGACUUAUGGAAUCAGGCACUGACAAGCGGAAAGAAGAGGAGCUGAUCCAGGAAUGGUUCACGCUGGUAAAUAAGAAGAAUGCCUUGAUCCGGCGGCAGGACCAACUGCAGCUUCUGAUGGAAGAGCAAGACCUGGAGAGGCGGUUCGAACUCCUCAGCCGCGAGCUGAGAGCCAUGAUGGCCAUCGAAGAUUGGCUCAAAACAGAAGCCCAAAAGCAGCGUGAGCAACUCCUCCUGGAAGAGCUGGUGUCCCUGGUGAACCAGAGGGAUGAGCUGGUGAGAGACCUGGACAUCAAGGAGAAAAUAGCUCUGGAAGAGGAUGCCAGACUGGAACGAGGAUUGCAACAGAGAAGACGCAAGCUCAGCCGCAAGGAGAAAUGCCGGGUCAGCUGAGAGGGGAAAACUGAGUGGCUGCUCUCCACGCUCCCCCCCCCCUCCCCAUGCACAUGUCAGCAAGGUGGAGUCAGCAAAUGACAGCACUUCUCGCUCACUAAAGAUUGUAUCUCCCCAAACCCACCCAUCAGCUUUCACACAGUAUUACAUCCUGCCUGUGCCAAUCGUUACCCACGAUCCUUUGGGGGCCUUAAGCUGCUUGUCACUUGACACAAGUUAUGCCAAAGAGGGGUUUGGGGUCGGUGGGGGGCAGUCCUGAGCUGCUUUCUUUCUCUCCCCCCACUUCCAAGACCUAGAGGAUAUUUUGGAUGACAUUUUUUAGGGCAGUGCCCAUGAAUCUACCAUCUGGAGAGAGUAGAAACCAGCCUUUAAAUCUCUUUUUCUCUCUCCAAACUUAGAAUCUAUUUAUUUGUGUGUGUGCGUGUGUGUGUGCGUUUGUCUGCGCGUGCUCCUCCUCUGGUUUAAAUGUCUGCCUCCUCCCCUUUCCUUCCCAACUAACUGUUGGGUUUUUUUUUAUUUUUUACAAAGCUUUCACAGGGCUCUGCGUUUUAUUUUGUUUUUUAAUUAUCAAUAUUGUUGUUCUUGUCAAUGGUACAGAAAUCACGAAGUGCCUUGGACACUCCAACAGCCAGAUUUGGUCAUGGCAAAGUUUUAACUCCCAGUUUUGCAGCACCGUUUUCUCCUCUCCUCCCCCCCCCACCCCCCCGCACAGCCCUCAGUUCAGUCUCUUCCAGGUUAUUUGCACUAAAUUUGUACCAGGAUUUGAAAUAAACAUAUCAAAAGACAUGAAGCUCGAGAAACUGGUUUGUGGUGAAGCAUUUAUCCCAAACUCAUCUGUGUAUAUUCUGUGCAAACAGUUGCAAGUUGAAAACAGCCACUGCCGGGUAGACCUUCUCGGCUGCUGGCCUCCCGAGUGUUGCAGGGGGUCGGUCUGCAGCCUACAACUCCAGAGCCAAAUGUAGCUCAGUGCGGAAUCAUAUAUGGCUCUUUAAAAAAAAUAUGGAAGUUAAGGAAGGUAUGUUGGAGGGGGUAGGUGGGAUGCUAGAAUAACUAGCGUGUUAAGAAGGUGGUGGGCAGUGGUGGGAUCCAAAAAUGUUAAUAUCAGGUUCCGAUGGUGGUGGGAUUCAAACAGUGGCGCUGCCGCACACAUGCAGUCCCUAUUGGGCAGGGAGGUUGCUUUAGUAACCCCUUCUCGGCACUCAGAAAAAAUUAGUAACGACUUCUAGGGAAGUGGUGAGAACUGGUUGGAUCCCACCUCUGGUAGCGGGCAAAGAUGUGUGCACAGUGUGACUAUAAGACUUUGUAGAGAUGCUUGAUGGAAAGGGAAAUGUCAGAAGUUAACAUUGAUGCAAAGUACAAACCACGCCCAGAUUUAUGCCAGCACACAAACACAAUCGUGCAGGCUGUUCCUGUAUAUAUUUACAACUUAUUGUGAGACCUGGAGUAUGCCACGUCCUAAUAAAAGACUCACAACAACCGGA